UUUGGUGGUGCUUGUAAGAGAAACUGGUAACCAGUAAGCAGGUAUGCGCUAACGAUCGAUCUUCGACUUAGCGAGCCCAGGUAUGCAUUAUAACGCGUCAAGCAUUUCGGAGGACUCGUAUUUACGGCAUAGACAGCAAGAAUAUCAGCAACGACAUCGAACAGCUGGUGAACAUACUGUUUACGUGUACGGUGUUCGACAAAAGACUCGUGGUCGUAGUUGUUCGCCAAGAUUGGAUCAAGUGGAAUCGUCGAGCAACAUCACCGCUGCUGCCGCCGCCAUCGCGAUCGGGAAUAGAAGCGAAACGGUCCGUUUGCUAGAAAACGGAUCUCCGUCGGAGGUUGAAGAGGAAUCGCGAAUGUCGAGAUAUCGCGAGGAGUUUGAUGCGAAACGAUCCUCCUUUUCGAAGCAGGACCAGGAUUCGUUGAAUUUUCUCCGAGAUCCGGAAAAUGGAAGCGUAACGUGUUUCACCGAGGAAAUGGUGUCUGCGGUUGCGAGCCAUUACAGAGAUGCGGAUCAUUCGCCUGAUAGAACUUCCCCGCACGAGUAUACCAUUCAUACGACUGACAAACGUCAUAAUUCUCUUGGAAAAACGUCUUUCUGUAUCGACGCGCUUCUCGGUCGCGCUACCGGCAAGCAGGAGAACCACGAUUACGAUCGAUCGGAACGUAGUCAAAGAUUAUUGUUUGAAACUCGAAAUUCUAUCGUGGACGGAAGCAACCCUUGUUUAGCUAAUUGUUUGCUCCGUACUCGUGAACAAGAGACCUCUUGUACUCACGGAGUUGCGAGUGGAACGGGAACGGGAACGGGAACGGCAAGAGGAAUCGGUACUGGAACCGAAGUUGCUACUGGAACUGGAAGUGUGACUGUUACUGGGUCCGGAACGGGAGCUGAAACUGCAGCCGGAAUCGGAAUUGGAAUUGGCAUCGAAAUUGGAAAUGGAAAUGGAAGUGGAAACGGGAAUGGGAAUGGUACUGGGAUCGCAAUCCUGGGAACGGAUGAACAAAGAACAUCGUCUACUUUGGGAAGUAUUUUGAAUCCAAUAUUUGACAAGCCUGUUCAACACGGUUCGAAUUCGCCAAAGUUAAGUGUUAUCCGCGAGGACGGCGACCGAUCUAUACGCGAGAUUUGUUUGUCCGACACUCGUGCAGAAUCCGUCGAGGCAACGACACUAUCGAUUCAACGCGGUAAAGCGAUAUUCAAAGGAAGCGAAGAGAGUGGAGGAUUUCGAAUCGAUCGGUUAGAAAACAUUGAGGAUGAUGCUUCGAUCGAAGUUGAUCCAACGAGAACCGGAAGUGCUAGCUCCGGAAGUAACGCGAGCCGUAGCCCCGUCUCGAGUCCCCCAAUUUCCCCGGGGUCAGAGGAACCUAGCAAUAAUAGCGUUCCCGGUAAUCCGAAUUUACCAAGCGGUCACUACGGUGCACUAGCUGGUGGUACCGCUGUAGCUCGUCAAAAUCAAACUCUUCUCUUACAUCCGACCGGCCCUCUUAUUCACCCCGGAGGAUUAUAUUACCAUCCUGCGAGUGGUAGCGCGUUUCAUUCUAUACACAAGGAAACUCAACCCGUUGGACACUCGCAAACUGCUGGACCUCAUCCUCAACAGCAUCAUAUUCAUCCGCUUCAACUCGAGUGGUUAGCCAGAACUGGAAUGUUGUAUCCCAGGUUACCUGCAGACUUAGCCGGAUGCGCGGCUCAACACGCUCUCCUUGGAAAAACUAGAAGGCCAAGAACCGCUUUUACGUCGCAACAACUUCUUGAAUUAGAAAAACAAUUUAGACAGAACAAGUAUCUUAGCAGACCAAAGAGAUUCGAAGUGGCCACCUCGUUAAUGCUUACGGAGACCCAGGUAAAGAUCUGGUUUCAAAAUCGACGGAUGAAAUGGAAAAGGAGUAAAAAAGCGCAACAAGAGGCACGGGCAAACAACAAGAUGGAAGACGGUGGAAACGUACGAAGCACCGAGAAGGAAGCUGGAAGCGAUCCGAAUCCAAACUCACCGAGUUCGCAGGACGAUGGUAAAGGAACGUUGCAAGAAACACAAAGAAGUACGAACGAACUUCAAGAACCUCUUUAUCGGCCUUACGUGGUAUAAAACUCUGACCAAAGUAGCUGUCGUAGCAGUGUGCCAAACACAAGAACUAACAAUAAUGUAAGUUGUUAUUGCGCGUACUCCUGUACCAGUGGCUAUUUUCUAUGGUACAUUCGACCGCUUUCGGAAAUGAGUUUUAAUACGACUACAUAUUACCAUGCGCAGACUGGAUAAAGGAUAACGUACGAAAGAAAAAUAUAUGCGUCAUUCAUUUGCGUGUCGUUUAGGGUUUCAAAAUGAAAAGAAACGAAACGAAAUCAGAGUACAUGUACAUACAUACUUACAAUAUACCUAUGCCGAUGUAAGUAAAUUACAUAAGAAAUGCGAUUUAUAAUUUACAUGGAACACUUGUAUGGAAAUGCAGGGAACAGUAAGAUCAACAGCGACAAGUACACAUGUACCUCUAUGUACUUGAAUGUAAGUAUACGAUCGCAGGAAAUUAAUCGAAUACCCUUCGGUUCAAUUGUUUCUUGAACCAUUUUAAAAACUGAACUAACUAUUAGUUGACAAACUGAAUCCUACCUACCGAAUACGUAUGUAAAUGUGUUUUUAUUCUGUACCGUGACAACGCGAUUACCUGAUUAACGAAAAACCGAACGAAUGAGAAAUAAAUUGUAUGUAUACGAGUAACGAUUGACGAUUGACGAUUGACGAUUGACGAUUGACGAGUGACGAGUGACGAGUGACGAGUGACGAGUGACGAGUGAUAAGUGACGAGUCCCAAAACCCAAGUCCCAAGUCCCCAGUCCCGAGUUCCUAGUCCCAGAAUUGUACAGAAACUAACAAAAUGCAAAGAGUACGCGCAUUAAAGGUUUCAUCUUCACGAUUGUAACUUUGUUCCAACGUUGCUCUAGAUUUACAUGAAUCGAUCACACGCACCUAUUUAUGAUAAAUGAUAUAACUGUACAUAAUAUUCAUAUACGUGUAGGAUAGAGAGUGCGAUGCGAAAGAAACGUCUCAUGUUAUGCCGCAACAAGUUCCUAAAAUAAAUAAUGAAUAUCGAAGCAGAAGAAGCAUUUCUUUCUGUUUACUCCUUUUCGAUUUGAAACGUCGUUAGAACGUUGUUAAAAGCAUGAACGAGCCAAACUGAAAUAGGCCUAAUUAUUGUAGCUACAGAUUGUCUGGUUACGUAAGUAGUAAACUAGGCGUUUACUUUCUUGCCGAAUUUUUACUUUUCAUGAUACCUAUUCGAUCGCGACACGAUUCUAUCUACCACUUUCUCGCCAGUCACCGCACGCGCAAGCGACCGACAGAUCAUCAGUAUUUAUGAUAUGCUAAUUCCCCGUUACAAAUUCUCCGAUGUUUCGCGGAUGACUGCUUCUACUAGCUGUAGCCAAAAGCCGAAACCCGGCCAGGCCGCUUCGAAAGAAAAUCGUCAAUGAAGAAAUGGUGGAAAAGAAAAGAAGAAAAAUUGCACGAUUCGACGAGAUCGGAUUGGAUCGGUAGCGUUGCGUUACAUAGCUACCGUGUUUUCUCCAAUCUCAAGAAAGCAUACUCGCUGUGUUGAUUCAGCGAUUAAAUUAAUUUGAAUUUAACUAUGUUUUUUAGCGGUAUACCACGAGACAUUAACGGUACAACAGUGAAAACGUGAAAAAGAUUAACAGUACGUUUCCUUUGAAGAAGCUACAAUCGCCGCAUGCGGCGUGAUUUCUUCUUAUUUUCUUAUUUCUAUACGACAUUGAACAACAACUAUCUUUUUUUUCUAAAUAAUUAAGUAGGUAUACGAGAUAUCUCUCUAUCGUACAUUAUUUGUUCGCUUUUUGUUCUUUCUUUUGUUUCUGAUUUUAAAUGAUUUCUGGUUGCCGUUGUUUGGAUAGACAAUCAACAUUCUACUAACGAUAAACGCCUUUGAAUAGAAAGUCAACGAAUUCUGGAAAAUCCAUGCUAGUUUACCAGCCCUGUUGUUAUUUAUAUAAUUAUACGGUUUCGUAUUAACAGAUCCGAUCACGUUAGAACGCGCAGACGAUGGAAAUCUUGAUUCCUCCGAGUCGAGGAAUAGGAUGGUCGCACGGGGCGUUUCGCGAGACUAACUAGAGGGUGGCGCAAGAGUAGAGAGCGUGCAGACGAGCACAGAGGCGGGGCACUCAUGUUUAUAUGCAUUGUAUUGCUAAAACCCUUUUAACCGAAUUACAUUUAGCGAUUCUAGUGCCGUUUUCCCAGCUCUCCUUCCCCAAGUCUGCCACUGGCCGUCGCCACCCCUCGCGGCGCGUCGCGUCGCGUCGCGUCGCG